AUGAAAAUUGGUCAGUAUGGAAGUUGGGAAAGUGAAAUCAACGCCGAGAUGCUGGUCAGUGCAAACUGCAAGUCGAUUUCAGCGAUUCAUCAGUACAAAGGGUCUGUUUUUUGGUUGGAACAACAGUUUAGCGAUGGCCGUUGUAUAAUUUGUCAAAAAAAGGAAAAUGACGAAACAGUCGUAUGGACAUCACCAAAUAUGAAUGUUCGAAAUCGAGUAUAUGAGUAUGGCGGUGGGUCAUUUAUUUUUGCUGAGGAUACGUUGUAUUUUGUUACCGAGGAAGGUAUUUUUCGUCAGUCAGCAGCGAAAGAGAAACCAUAUUUGCUUGUGGAUUGUGCAGGAAUUUUUCGUUUUGCCGAUCUGGAAUAUUAUCAGGGUCUUCUAUUCGCUGUAUUUGAAGAACAUUGCGAAAUUGUCAUGAAUGGAAUAAUGUGUUGUAAAUUGGGAUUUGAAACGAAUAAUGGUGAUAUUAAAUCAGAAUGGCAUCGAAGGGAUACGAUCGCUUGGAAGGAGUGGAUGGAACCAUUAAAUGAAUCCAGUAGCACUAGGGGCAUAUCGUCACUUAUAUGUAAAAUGUCUUAUAUGUAUAAUAGAUCAUUUAACGUUUGGAUCAAAUAUAAGCUUCCGAUGGGCAAUGAAUCGGAUUUCUACGGUUGUCCACGAGUUAGUCCAAACGGUCAUUAUUUAUGUUGGUUGCACUGGGUUCAUCCAAACAUGCCAUGGAACUCUACUAGUCUCGAAAUGGUUGAAUUGCCAGUCGAUUUUGAUUCAGAUUCAUUAAAAAUUCAUAAAAUACUUACUGAAAGUGAGGUGAAUUUCCAUGAUGCUCAGUGGGGUCCCGAUUCGCAGUUGUAUGUGAUAUCUGACUCCACUGAUUGGUGGAACGUAUACAAAGUCGAUAUUGAUAAUUGUCGUCUUGGUGAAAAUGUUUACAAAGUGGAAUCAGAGAUAGGCCAACCUGCUUGGCACUUUGGAAAUACUCAAUAUGCGAUUAAUAGUAGUGGUAUUUUAAUGAAUAUGUCUGGAAAAUUAGUUUACAAAUGGCACUCCGGAGAAAUAUGUCUCAUUAAUAUUGAGAAGUAUAGUGAUUUUUCUCAUUUAAAAUUGGAUGAAAACAAUAUUGCAUAUUUUAUCGCCUCUGGACCAAAACGUGCGACCUCUGUGAUUGCCUAUGAUAUUGAAAACAAAAAGCUGAAUGUUUUGCGUGAAUCGCGUGAUUCAAGUCAAAUUGAUGCAUUGGAUAUCGCUAUACCGCAAAUGCUUUAUUUUCAGUCUGGUCAUUCAAUUGUGAAUGGAUGGUUUUAUCCCCCUUUUUCAAGUUGUUGGAAUGCUUCAAAAGAUUCAUUACCACCAGUAAUCAUAAUGGCACAUGGUGGUCCAACAGCGAAAGCUAACGAUACCUUGGAGAUGAAGAUUCAGUUCUUUACUUCUCGGGGUUUCGCUGUAUUCGAUAUCAAUUAUCGGGGAUCAUCGGGUUUUGGAAAGGAAUAUCGCAACCUUUUGCAUAAACAGUGGGCAGUUUUUGAUCGAGAUGAUAUAAUAAAUGCUGCCAAGUAUUUACGCGAUCAACGACUUGUGGACAGCAACAAAAUUUGUAUAAUGGGAAGUUCAGCUGGCGGAUUACUUGUUCUGUCAGCACUUAUACACAGUAAUAUCUUUUCUGCUGCCGCAUCGCUUUACUGCGUUUCUGAUCUAAUAGAUUUACAACGAUCAACUAUAAAAUUCGAAAAAGGAUACAAUGAAUGGCUGAUUGGAAAGUACCCCGAUGAGAAGGAGGUUUUUAUUGAAAGAUCACCACUGAAUAAAGCUCAUUUAAUAAAAUGUCCAAUUAUCUUUUUUCAUGGUGGUAAAGAUGCAGUUGUUCCAUUGGAACAUAGUAAAACUAUUUAUGAAAUAGUUAAGCAAAAUGGUGUACCGACCAGUUUCGUCACUUUUCCGGAAGAAGGACAUGGAUUUCGCAGCGCAUACGCGAUCAAAGAAACUAUCACUGGAGUAUAUUACUUUUUUUGCCGUAUGCUUGGUAUCACGACGCCAUUUUGUGAUCAUCAGACAUGUAUUAAAAUAGAUAACUUUGGUAUGCCAUGA